AUGGUCUCAAUCGCGGUGGAACGCUUGCAAGUUCUGCAGCGUGAGGGAUCGGCCGACGCUGCCCAGUGCCGGUCGCUGCUACAGGAGUGCUUGUACCUGGACGAAGGACCGGACCUUCCUGAGCGCCAGUGGGAAGUCCAACGGCAGCUUUUCGCAGCGCUUUUUCGGGAUCCGCUCCUGCGUUUCGCUCCACUGCCCAAGGUCCGGAAGUGCGUGUCGCGAGCGAUUCUCGAGGCCCUGGAAGCAGGUCCUGUGGAAGAGGUGGAUGACGAGCUGUACGAGGCUUGUGCGGCCCAGGUGGCCCAAGAAGAUGCGCCGAGCUCUUGGGGCUACAAGCUAAUCGACGUCCUCGGACAGGGUCACCUCGCUCUCCGCGUUGCUACGCAGAUCGGUGGAGGUCUGGAAACGGGUUGCGUUCCCUGGACAGGUGGCUGCGUGUUCCUGGGUCUUGCGCUGACCGGCUGCCUCUCCGCCGACCUGAAUGGUCCGCUUCUUGAGCUAGGUGCUGGCACUGGCAUCUUGGGUUUGGGCUUGGCCCUCACAGGCAGCAUGGUCACCCUGACGGACGCUCAGCCCGCAGUGCUGGAGAACCUCAGGCACAAUCUGGAAGCAACCAGGGCAUGCGCGGCAAAGGCUUCUGGAGACUUCCGCGCAGAUGUGCAGAUGCUGGAUUGGUCAAGACCUGACCUAUCAGCUCUGGGCGCGGCCAAGGUUGUAAUCGGCAGCGACUUGGCCUACGACGAGGAUGCUUUACCGGCCCUGGCUGCGUUGCUGAAGGCUCUGCUGGAGCCGCAAGGAUCGGCGACGCAUGCCUUGCUGGCGUGUAUGCAGCGCAAGGAGACAACCAUCGCAGCGCUGGAAGCUGCCCUGGCUUCUCACGGUCUGUCCUGGUGUACCCCGGAGUUGCCAGAGGCUGCCUGGCUCUCUGCCAAGGACUGGGCUCGGCAUGGCUGCGACGCUGCGAGCUGUGGGGCAGAGCGCGUCUGCCUCCUGAAGAUCCAGGCUGAGGGUAAUUCGAACGGGGAGGCACUUGGUGUGCCUUCUUCCGUCUCGCAAAGCUUGACUGACCCCCUGUCGCCGGUGGUGCCCGUGGAAGGUUCCGUGGAGCCGUCUGCGAGCUGCCGCAUGCCUGCCGACAUCUUGAAGGACAGUGGCCUGGUCCAGUUCAGAGGCACGGAAGCCAAAGAUAAAGGAGACGAGGCUGCUGUGAAGCGGUUCGGGAAGCUCAGUCAGGCUUGUCGCCAAUUCAUCGACUUCGUCCGUGUGAAGGAGGGCUUCCUUUCCAAAACGCAGGUCUUCAAUGGGCACAAGGAGCUCAACCAGGCACAGUUGCUGGAGCAUUGGUUGGCAGAAGCCAGUCAGAUGCUGGACACCAACUCUCAGAGAAGCAGCCGAUUUGCUGCUUGGGCGAGUUUCAGUCAGAAGUGCACUGAGAUCGCAUGCCCAAGUGCUGGGCAGGGAAGCGGCUUUGCCCCCAUGACACAGUUUCGGCCACCCCACCUUCCAGAUGAGUGCGGGAGCACAACCUCGCACCUCCGGUCUUGGGAGUCGUCACAGCUGUCUACCGUGGCGGUGCCACCUGCCGGGUACGUCGUCCUCGACACAGCUGCCGUGCUUUCCGUGCGCCUUUCCAAGAGAGCGCUGGAUGCUUUUCUGCAGCUGCGAAAGGGCGUCGUUCCGAACUUGUUGCCCACCAAGGACGCCGAGCCAUCGAUCAGGCUCGUCUUCACAGCAGAAAGUUUUUCUGGACAGGCACACCACCGAAACAUCGGGAAGGCCUUGCAGGACACACGAGCACGUGUGGGGGGCGCCCCGCUUCUCGACCGUGAGGGCCGGUUGAGAAUCCCAGCACGCCCAGACUGGCGGGCGUUCCUGGAAAGGGUUGAUGAGAGCAACCUGGUUCUGGAUCGGGGCUUUCUAUUUCGGCUCGGCCUGCUUGCAGCGGUCUUACUACCCAAUCCUCGACAAGGAUGGCAAAGAGCCCCACGACAUCUGGGAUCUUCUGGGCAUUACGAUGCUCCUCUUCAGCGUCAAUCUCUUCGCUGUGGGGCGGAAGUACUACAUCGAGAAGGGCCAGCGGACGAAAUUCAUCUACGAUGGCCGUCAGCGGGAGGCCACCCAGCGGAUCUUCCGCAUCUUGGAAGUCAUGGUUCCUGUCCAUGUCAUUGUGCCGAUGCUUCGGGGCUCGGUCAUUGCAGAGAAGGUCGAUCGGGCGUCGAUCCUCUUCGUGAUGUUUGUGGAUUUCGACCAGACAGCACGAAAGUGCUGCCGUCGGUGCUUGGUGAUAAAGCUUUGGCCGUCGCGGGGCCGGAAGCGCUACUGGCCUAUUUGAACCAUUAUUUCACGAAGUUCGACGACAUUUGCUCUGCCCAUGAGGUCACCAAGAUUGAGACCGUGGGCGAAGAGUACGUUUCAGCAGUGGGCGUGAUACCACGAGACAUAGAGGCAGACAAGGCGAUGGGGCACGCGGUGAUCCUGGGACGCUUGAUCAAGGCGGCCAAGGAGAUUCUGAUGGUCCAGCGAGACACACAAGGAUCGGAUGAGGAGGUGAAGCUGAAGAUGGGCAUUCACACAGGGCCGGUUGUCGCUGGUGUCAUUGGCCAGAAGCUGCCCAGGUUCCGACUCUUUGGCGACACCAUCAACACGGCUGCCCGUCUCAUGCAGAAGGGCCUGCCAGGCGAGCUGCAGUUUGGGGAGGCCACGAAAUCGUGCUUGCCCAGGGGUGUUGCCUAUCGUUGGCGCGACAACAUUGAGAUGAAGGGAAAGGGGAAGGCCUGGGCCUAA